ACUCCAAGGGAGUUGCACUGAAAGUGGACUUCCCCAAACUUUGCUUAUUGGAGUUGGAUCACUCACUAGGACAAUGUGACUGUGGUUUGUGGGACUUCGCGCAUCAUAAUUACAAAGUCGCCCGUUUUCUCUCUUUCUUUUUCUGUUGGGACUAUUUAUUCUGAGGCGUUUGUUGAGUAUGAGCUUCGGGAAAGCAGAGAUGGACUGGCGGUGGAUAGUUUUCACACUGUUUUUGAACGUCCACUUCACGUACGGGUCUCCCUCUUCAUAUGAUUUGUUCCACGGGUCUGCAUACACUGGAGUGGUGCAAAGACACAGGAAUAGGUAAGCUGUAACAUUUUCACACGUCCCUGGCGUGCCAUUUCACUUUCUCUCCAUUGUCUGACAGCCAGUUCAACACCGGCGUCUCUAAACUCACUUUUCCUCAAGUUGGAAGCUGUGCGCUUUUGUUGCGCACUUGCCAACAACAAUAAGAUGACGCCCGAACUUUUCAUCGAUCCGGAUGACCUCAAAUCGCAAAGAUUUAGCCCCUUAUGGCCAUAUGUAGUCUGUUAACUUUCACAGUGUUUUAUCAGCCUCGGGCUAAGUUUGGCUUGAGUGUUGCCAAAGCUGAUAAGAGUCAGAUAAACGCUGGAAUGCCGGUAAUCACUCAAAUAUAGGGGAGAGUGGGGUAAGUUGAGCCAAAGGGUAAGUUGAGCCACCCCCUGUUGCUUAGAAAUGGUAAAAGAAAUUGAUCAUGUGACCAAAUAUUUAGGAAAUGGUCAUGGAUUCAUGGAGUCUGUGAAGGUUAGAAGCACAUGGGUGAAGGGGUUAGAUGUUUAUUUAAAAAAAAAAAAGCAUUUUUCACUCUUGAAAGUGAAUUUAGUCUGUCAUCAGUUUUAUUAGAAUUGUGUUCAGACCAAAAAAGAUCAUUUUAAAUUUGUUUUAUACAUCAAUUGUGGUAUCUAUGAGCUACAACAUGAGGUCAAAAACCUAACAUAAAAGUCCACCAUUUUAGAUGAGAGGACUGAUAAAGUCAUAAUAGUAGUUCUGGGGUAAGUUGAGCCAGUGACUCAACUGAGAAAGUAAAGAAGUCUGAUGAGAGGAUCAGAGUUUCAGUUCAGAUUGUUGAAAUGUGUUACUUUGUCUUUUCAAAAUUACAGCUGUGAUUGUUCUGAAUCACUUAAAGGUAUUCUCAUGUUAACUAUUGUACCAGUUGAAUAACAGAUAAUGAUAAAAAUACACAAGAAUAUGAAGAAGUGACUGUUAUUUCGGGAGACAGUAGGUGAGGGAGGGCUGGGCUGGAGAGUGGGGGGGUGGUAGCGAUAUGGCUCAACUUGCCCGCUCCUAUGGUCAACUUACCCCAUACGAACUAACUAACUAACUAACUAACAUACAGGCGAUCAGUUGACUAUAGAAGACCACUUUUUUUGGCAUGCUAUAUUAUCAAGACAGUUCUGUUUACACUCAUUCUGUUGCAGGGAUGCACAACAUCUUGAAAUAUAUGCAGAUACACUAGUUAGAGACAAACUUAUGAUCGCCUUGAUGUUGUGAUCAGAAAUAUGAAAAAUGGCUCAUCUUACCCCACUCUCCCCUAUCAUUCACAAGCAGCAUCUGUUCCCUUUCAGGCCAAAAAAAGUAAAUAAAUGUUGCAGCCUAAGAUGAAAUAUCAGGAGAUCAAGUGGCUAAAUUGUGAUUCAUUUGUUACCAACUCAUCCAGGAGCUUUAUAACAAACUCUGUGAUAUUGGUAAUUCCUUUAAAAGUAGUUCUUGGUAACUAUCUUGAAGCUCUUCUGUUUGUCUCCCUGUCAAGGAACUGGUGUGCUUAUGUGGUGCGCAAGAACGUGAGCUGCGCCGUGCAGGGGAGUGUGGAGAGCUUCCAGGAGCCCGUGGUGGCCCCCUGCCCAGCCUACCAGCCGGACUGCCAGCAACAAGUGACGUAAGCACGCGGGGGGAGCCGAGGGAAGGGGGUUCAGGGUGCAUGUUUAGAUGUAUGAGACAGACUGGAGUUCUGAAAUGUUUCUCUGAGAGGAGGAGGACAGAGAAAGCUGGAGGCAGAAAUGGUCCCAGUGGCUACAGAAACUGAAUUGGCAGAAAGAAAAGCACAGCAAAUAGUGAGUGGGAAAAAGCCCAGUGAAGAGACAAGGGGUUAAACAGUAGGUAGCCUUAAGGGAAGAGGGACCAAAGCUCUCCCUGGCUGAAAGGUAACACUUGUGAAUACUCACCUGAAAUGACCCUGGUAGUCACAGGCUAGAUUUCAUAGCCAAGUGCAGCCAUUAUACAAUGGUCUGGGAGAAUACUUGAUUCUGAUUGGCUGCAGGGUGGAGUCUACAGUAAAUCCUUGUUGCAGUGACCCAUGUCCCAUCUUCUUUUCAAUCCCCUGGUUAAGACAGCAAAAAAAGAAAGUAAGGCGGAUAUCUCUCAGCGAAACACUCAAUAUGGACUAUGUCAUAGCCAUAGAGUGUAUGUAGAAUGGACGCCGUGUGCCUCCUCUAUGGGUGUAGUCACUCCGAGAACAGCACCCUCUGGUGACGGGCUGCAGUAUAGGUCAUAAAUCCCGCCUCUGCCAGCAAAGCUUAUGGAGCUGUGGACAAACUUUAAAAAUUUAUUACACAGAAUAUACAUUUUCUCCCCCCUGGUUGUGAUGUUGACAUGAAGUUAUUGUAAGCUUGGUUUGUGCUCAAGUCCUCUUUUUUCUGUACAGCUCCGUUUUUGAAAGUUAUUAGGGGGUUCAAGUUUGAUAUGAUUGACACUUGAUACAGCCAAUGGGCGUACAAGGAUUACGUAGCUCACCCGGGGGAUAUGCUGUUUGAGCUGAGCGUCAUCACAGCAACUCUUGGAGACUCUCCCGUUGAAUGCGUACAACGCUACUGUGCAAUGUUGGUUUCAUAGUAUAUAUACAGUCUUUGGUCAUAGCUAGAUAGCUAGUUUUGUUGCUGAACCAGCUGUCAAUAGAUGUACUGUACAGAAACCAUACCCAUAUAAAUGACUUUUGGACUAAUACCAACCUCCGCUGACAAGAAAAAUGGUCAAUGCAGAAGUAUACAACUGCAGUUCCCUAUUUGUCCACUUGAGGCCAGCUCUAAAAGCAAAGGAGUCUCCAUUAAGGUCCAUGUAAAAUAACCAUUUUACAGCAGAAUUACCAUGCGUACAGUCUGGUACAAAAGACAUCCGUCUCUAUUCUUUAUUUGUGAUAUCUGUAUGAUGAUGAUGAUGGCCUCAACUCUACCUCUGUACUGGUUUCUUGCAUUCGUGGAAGUUGGUUGCAAUCAGAGGUCACCAUUUUUGGUAACCAAUGUGAUGUUGCUCAGACCAGAUCCAUGUUUGUCCAGUCUAUGUCUUUAAUCUUGCUAGCAUACAGUUAACCAUCUGGGUGAAAGCCAUGUUUAAGUACUCAACAAGCUGAGCCACAAUGUCUCCCAUUGCCAAGUUGCAGCAAAGAUGCAUUCUGUGAUUGAAGUCUUGAACAAAGUGCCCUUUCAUUAAAAUCAUAGAGGGUUUAAAACAUGGAUGUAGUCCUUGUGACAUCAACCACUGGUUUCUCAAGAGGCAUUUUGAAGCCUUACAAUGGUGGUUAUCCUAUUGGAAAUGCAGACUUAAACUUUCAGUCAACUUAGGUCUGCAUGGAAUUCAAGCUGUUCUCUUCCAGAGAGCGAUAGCCUCUUUACACGGGGUGAGUGAUUCAACUGCUGAGCCAAACUGGUGUCCCUAAAUGUUCACUUUUGCUGUAAAAAUUUACAUUUACGACCUAAUGAGGACUCCUUGGCUUUCGCAGCCUGGCUGAAAUGGACAUUCAAGGAAGGGCAAUUUUUUUGCAUUUUUUCUGUUGGCUUCAUUUUUCAACAUCUGGAGUUGAUAGUUUAAAACCUUGUGGGAAAGUCAUUAUAUUUCAGGUAUAAUUUGUAUUUAUAAUUAAUUUACAAGAAAACAGGAUUAGUUGUGUAUUAGAAUAGUAACUUCAUAUGAAAACACAUAUCUUUCCCAUGAGGAACUUUCUCCCUGUGUUGAUUUUGGCGACCCCUGUGGACAAAGUUUAAUACUUUUGCAGAUCUGACUUUAUUUGAUAUAAAAUCUCUUGUCUUUGUACAGUGAAAUUAAUCAUCAAAAACGGCUAUUUCUUCACCCUACCUACCCCUUCACAGCAGUUACAGGCAUUAAAAAUCCCACUAUAGAAAUUGUCACUCUUGUCAUGAUGGUCUAAGUUGCUUUUGAACACCACAGAGACACACUACUGUUCUUUUCAAUCUGUUUUAUAAACUUUCAAAUACUCCUCACAGGAGCUUUAAGUAACUGACUUUCGUAUAGAUAGGAUGAUAAAAAAAUAAAGCCAGAGUCUGACCUGCAGGUCUUAACAUUUGUCAACAUGUUUUCCAGGUCACAGUGCAGUAGACCCAUAUGAUGACACGUUAUCAUAUGGUGGAAAAUGGCCUACCACCUACACAGCAUGUUAAAAAAGUUAAUUGAAUCUGCACUGUAGUCAUUUCAGAAUAAAAGUGGCCUGUUUUAGGAGUGUUUGCCAACGAGUCAUUAAAUUUGAUUAGUCUUCAUCAUCACCCAGUUCUUGAGUUACAAUAACAGAAAAAACACUUAAGUUUUACGACCUGAUUUGGUGUCUUAAACGCAUCUGCUUUUCAGUGCUAAGGGCUUAAGAUUUGUAAGCCCAUUACAAAUCAGCAAUCACAUGGGACGGAUAGACUUUCUAUUAAAGCACUGGGUCAAUAGUUUCGUGAAAUGCUAUCUCAGCGGGCUCACACUGAGUAAUUUACCAAAAUCACGAACACCAAGGCUAGCGUAAAUGAGUUAAAAAGUCUUCAGCUUCAGUUUGUUCAACAAAACUAUACUUAUAAAAAAAACAACUCACACCUGGCUCAGACACAUGUUUGUAAAAACCUGUGCUCGUUUCAUUAAGUGUUGAAAUAUGUGUUGUCGAACACUCACAGAUGCUUCACAGCUGUUGAUUUGUCAUUAGCAGACAUAUAGCCCUUGAUGUAACGCGACCCAAUCCCCUGUUGCAGCUUUUAUCAUCAUAGUACAAGCGUUAUAGGCUUUCGGUUCAUUUUGAAGCCACAUCAAAAGAAGUAUCAUCAAAGUUGGAUUCAAUAGCUUUAUUUACUUCUGGCAGAGUUUUCUCCCAAGAGACAAAAAUGCAUUCAAAAUGUACCACCCAAAUACAUCAGACACCGUGUGUGUAUGUUAUUCCUUUGUAAAUUUGAAGAUGUGACUGCAAGGGAAAAUAUACUCUCUUGCUUUGAUGCGAUAUAAAAUAAUGUUCAAAUGAUACAUAACUUAAACACAACUCAAAACUGUACUCCAAACUUUAAAGAUUGAGAAGAAAACUUCCUUUUCUAUGGUGGGACAUUUCUUAAAUGGGAGUUUCUGCUCUGGUAAUUGGUGAGAAACUGUUGUUUUAAAUCCUUUUACUGGAAGAUGGUCUGUCGCAAUGCAAUAUAUUUGUGUUUGUGAAUCAUUUUUGGUUGUGAAACAACACACGUCAUCAGUGGUUCAACUUUGUGAUCCUCUCACAGAGCCACAUGCGCAGAGCCUUUUCUGUUGUGGAAAAAAAUCCUUGAAAAGGAGUAAUUCUUUGGUCGUAGGAGCAAAUUUCCAGGCAGAACUGGCAGUAAGAAAAGACACAUCAGGUUUUAGCAUUUCUGAGCUAUGACGUUCUCUGUUGGCUUUACAUUAACCCUUGGUAAGAUGACACAGAGCUGAGCUGUCCUACAGAUUUGCAGUGUCUUCUUCAGGCUUGAAAAAUGUUAUCACUGACUCUUAGGAAAUGUGCAAAGAUGAGUGUCUCUGUAAUUAGAUUUCCAGAUGUUCUGCAUGGCCAACUCUUUCUUACUGGGAAGUGAGGUCAUCUUUUGUUUCUUUGGGAUUAGUUUAUCUUGGCUUGAAAGUUGACAUUUGUCAAAAAAGGGGGGGGAACAGUACAGAAGCUUAAAAAUGAACUUGUCCAAAAAACAAACAAUAAGAUUUGUUGUUUUGAUGAUUGCGAAACGCAGCAGCUUCCAAUGAUAAUAAAUCAGUUGAAUCAGUUUCUUUUUGUAAAAUGGGAUGGACACAAAUAUGGCCUCACAAAAAGGAAAGAAUAACCCACCCACAAAGGUUUGAUGUAAAAAUAAAGCUCAGUGUCACCAUUUUUGUUUUUAUGUUUGCAUAAGAAUUUGAAAAACUUACACAAAUGACUUGUUCUACAGAUACCACAACAGGUUUCGACCUACGUACAAGAUUGCCUUCAAGUCCGUCACAGAGUUGGAGUGGAGGUGCUGUCCUGGUUACCAAGGUCCAGACUGCAAAGAUUUAAAACCACCUCCAGACCGACAAAUUGUUCAAGGAACACAGCCUUACCACCCACCAAAUCCUGGAUACACAACCAGACACACACAGAGUAAGACACUAUUUUCUGCUUCAACGUAGGUGUUUCGCUGGAGCUAAAUAUCUGUGUUCCACCUGAUUUUACUGAGGUACACUGAGCCAUCCACCCUGGCUAUUUUAGGCUAGUUUUACCUUAAAAGGAGAAGAUCAUGUAGUUUUGUUUUUUUUAAAUAUUAUACUAUUUAUUUUUUGACCACAGGGCCAGAGCGGAGAGAGACAGCACACCAUGAAACAAGACAUGGUGGGGCAGAUAAAGUGCACCUGCUGGAAGGUGAAGUUCAGCGCCUCUCUCAAACGGUCUCAGACCUCCAGUCUGCUUUGUCAGGAUUAACUACCAACCUUAAAACAGACCUACAGGACGACACCAAGAAAAUGCUGGUGACCCUUCUCAACAACAUGCGUCCACCAGAUAGUUCGACUACAUCCACCACAGAGGAGAGCCCGGCAGUGCUGGACGGUCAUCAGGCCACGAGGGGUGGGAUUGCUGGAGACAAGGCAAUAGAAAAGAUUGUAGCCCGGCUGGAUGAUAUCAACGACGCUCUGAAGAGUAAAGAUGAUGCUUUGGAAGACCUCAGAGGAACCAUGACCAGUCAUGAGGGGCAGAUCCGUGUCCUGAUGGAUGCCUCUCAGUCUCAGACUCCAGGUGUAGGGGACUUUGACAUCAUACAGAACUACAUUGAUGGAAAGUUUGAGAAGUUGAAAAAGGAGCUGGAUCAGAAUGUUGGGGAUCAGGUGGCCAAGCUUCAGAGCUUAUUCAACGACAAGAUCCAGGCCUUGCAGAAGACCUGUGAAGGUGGCUGUGACCAAGGUUUGGUGAAACUUACCAAGCUGGUGGAUACAAAGGAGGCUGAUUUGAGGAAAGAGAUCAGAGCACUACGUCUGGAGUUAGCUGCUGCUGAUGGACCUGUAAGGACCCAAAGGCAAAUAGAACCACCAAAAGUGGAGGGGGAUCAUGAGAACCACAGUGACCUCUGGCGGGAGAUCGACCGAAUUGCAGAGGCUCAUCGGAUCCUGAACGUCCGCAUUGACAAUGAGUUGGCACAUCUGUCAGCACCUCGGGAGGACAAUGACUUUGGCCCGCUGAUUGAAGAGAUGGAGGCACGUAUUAACAUCACAGAGCAGAAUGCAGAGACCCACUGUUUCUAUAUCGAAGAGAAGCUGACCCGCAUGAUAACUGACGAGGUGGCAGCACUGAGGCUACUUCUUGAUGAACGACUUAACACGAUGGAGGACCAGUUAACGACCAUGCUUGUGGAAAUGAGCAACAACUCCUUCCCUGGCAUGUUCAGUGACUCCAUGGACGCCAUCCAGACACAAGUCAACAACAAUAAGUUCCUCCUCCAAGGUUUGGAUGACAAGGUCAAUGUUGUUGCGGACUUGUGCUCUGCAGGAUGUUCAGGCUCAGGAGCUCCUCCAGAUGCAGAGAGUUCAUCAGCUACGCCUAAAAGUCUUCUGCUGAUUUUGAAGGACCUGAGUCGAUACAGGAAUGACUUGGAUGUCCUCCACACAAAUGUUAGUACCAACAAAGCAAAGAUUAAGAAACUGGAAGACCGCGUUGGAGGACAGUCUGUUGAAAAUGAGAGGAGUGUCACGAUGAUGGACGACUUCCAAAAAGGAAUGAUUAAUCUUCAAAACAAUGUACUUGGUCUGGCUGGGGCUGUCUCAGGGUUAGGCGACACCCUUAAAAAACAAAACCAGGAUAUACAGAAGAUAAACUCAACAUGCUGCCAUGCUGACAACAGUAGAGCAGGGAAUCCAGCACAGAAUAACUGGUCGUCAGUCAUUGCUGUACCAAAUACCCAGACUGAUGACGCCAGACGUCAGGUGGAUGAGCUAAGAAACAGGCUGGAUGCGCUGAGUAAACAGGUGUCCUCUGAACUGAGACAAUGUAAACAGAGCACACAGGGCGUCUCUGACAACAUUCACACUGUGGAUGGACGUGUGACCAGACUUGAAAAGGUGUGUGGAAAGCUAGAUGGUGUUUCUGACAACAUCAAAGUGCUGAAAGAAAGGCUGGAAAGACAUAUUAGCGGUCUGCAGGAAUGCGUCUACAGGAUGAAUUCGACCUACGGUAAACAUGGCACUGACAUCAUCGCCCUGCAGAAUUCAAUGCAGAAGCUCCAGGGGCAGCUGUCUGCCAUGGCCAAACAUGUUUUGAAGGACGUCGCCACCAAAGAGCCAGGUGAGUCAAUGUUUUGGUGAUGGCUGAUUGCUUUCAAAAUACAUAGUCGUAUUUGCUGAAGUCACUCAGACUCACUUUAUUGUCAUUCACACCAUGAAUUAAAUCAUGACACUUGCAAGCAGUCACUUUAUCCUGUUAUAAAGCAGAGAUGAGCCAUACGUGUGAUCGAUUAGACUGUUUUUAAAGGGUUUUCUUACCUUAAGAUGACUUCAUCAAUCAAAAUUGCAAAUUAGUCGCCUCUGUAUAUCCGUGGAAUAAGACAAAGACAAAGAAACCUUUGAAAGUUUCAAUACCAUGUUUAACUUUUCCUGUGCUGAUUGUUGCUCCAUAUGGAACCUUUUUUUAACUGCCAAAGAGAGAGCAUAUAAGGAUAUUUCUCACUGUUAUAUACUUUCUAGCCAUACUUCCUGACAUCUUAUUAAAGAUUAACUGUACGACAGUGAUAAGACAGAGAUUAGGGUAUAAUUUUACUUGCUUAAAAUUCAUGGAUUUCCGCACCAGCACAGUCAGGCACUAAAAAGAGCCAAAAAAAAGUAUGAGGAAGAGAAAAAGUCUGUUCAUUUUUGUUUAAUUUGCACAACGAAACCCAUUUAAAUGAGCCAGAGGAAGUUGAAAAAUACAGACUAAAUCAGCCCUGCAACUUCCUCUCUGAAAUUCCAACAUAUGAGUUUAUUAAGUGUGAUUGCCAUCUGUGUAAACACAAACUUUUCCUGAAGAUAAUCCUCCAUAUAAUGCAGUCUGCUUGCCUGGUUUACAUGGAGGCUCGGUCUACAGGAUCAGAUCCCAUGAAUGGCCACAGGGUAUUUCCCGAAGUGGGAGGACACGAGUUCACUGGGCCUCUCGUGCUUGCCUUGAAUAUGUCAUUCAAUAUGUCCAGAGGCCCACAUUGGAAACUUCCUGUGACUUCGAUUCAUGUUAAGUUUUUAUUCAAGAAACAGGAUAGGUAAAGAGAGUCUGAAAGUUUAACAUUGCUGAGCCCAGCCCUUCCUCACUGCUCUGAUGAUUUACUCUCACUGUUUUGUGCCUCAUUGCUCCCUCAUGUAAAUGUCAGAGCACCCGAGUAGACUGUUCCAUCUCUCCAGCUCCCUUUAUGAACACGCUGAGAUGUGGUCUGCUUUCUGCACCGUGGCAUAGCUGUUCAUGACUGUGGCCCUCGGUCUCGGUCCCCAUCCUCCCAGCGCAAACCACACAGGCAUAUACACAACACACCUCCACCUCCUCUCUGUCUUCUUACGCAUACCAACCUCCAGAGAUUCCCGUAUGGUGACCUCAGCCUGAUGUGUGGAGUCUGGUCCUCAUUAAGGGCCCUGACUCACUGCUGGAGCCAGUCUUGAUGGAGAGGGGAGAAGCAGGGCUCCACACCCAGUACCAGAUGCUUCGACUACCCUCGGCUCUGAUGUCAUCACAGGGGCCCCAACGCUGGUGCCUCCCUCUGUUUAACAGCCAUCCAAAACAAUAGUGUGAGGGACCUGAGAAGGAAAGGAGGGAGGGGGGAUUUAUGGUUGUUGGGUUGAGAGACAAAUGCAUUAAGGCAUUGUGUUUCCAUUUCACUUUUUGCCAAAUAUGGUCUGUUAUUUCCAAACUCAGACACUUGAUAUCAGUGCUGUAAAAGUAACAUUACCCAGCAUUAAAUCAGACCGAAUCUCUGCUCUGUGUUAAAUCAGACAGAGCUUUCCUUUCUGCAGCAGGAUAAUGAAGCACAUUUAUCAAGGCUCUUAUUUUUGACCCGCAGAACUGGGAAUUCCAGCCCAUACACUUUAUGUCAAAUUUAGCUCAUUUCUCCUCAGUGUUUGCAACCUGUCCUUCCAAAGUGGCUCUGGGAUAUUUAGCUGACUUUCUAGCUAACCAAAAUAUCCUGUUUUUGUGGCAAGCUGCAACCACUGGUGUUAAAAUAAGAAGCCAAUUUGGAGUGCAGACAACUGCACUUCCCUAAGUGUCUACUUGAGGCUGGCUUCAAAACUUAGGAAACCCCACUAACACCCACGAUGACUACCCUUUCUCCAAUGGUGUGUUUGUAUGACUCAUCCAUUUGGAAAAUAUUAUGGCCAUGAGUUAUGCCUAUAUUCGAAUGAUCAGGGGCCUGGCUUAGUCCACUGCCACUUCGGCACAAUGCGAGAAGCCAAAAGUGGACCUCAGCUCAACCUCUUUGCCUGUUUUUUGGUUGGCUGAUUGUUAGGUUGAGUAAAUACAGUGACUGCAAUUAUUUGGCCCCAUAAUACCACACUUCCUUUACUAAGACAUGGUGAAUGCAGAAUAUUUGCAUACAGUUUGGCUACCAAAUAUUAUCAGAAAUAUGCAUCACAUCUACUUUCUAUAGAGUAUGAUUCAAUUACAUAAAUCAGAUUGAGUUUUUAGCUUAGACCGUUAAUAUCCAAAACUAAAAAGUUCCACCUUUUUUGAGAUUUAAUGCUUGAAGUUAGACGAGAGAAUUGAUUCCUCUCCUGCUUCUUCAGGUCAAGAAUAGGUGAUUGGCUUGAGAUAACCCUGGUAAUGAAAAACAAAGCAAUAUCAGAAGCAAAAAAGACUGCAGUUCCUAUAGUGUCCACUUGAGGGUGAGUCCAAAAGUGAAGGAAAUCUAAUUCAAGCUCAUUUAAAUGUUAACAGUUGGGUAAAACAGCACAGGUGAAAUGGCUUUUGGCAGCAUCAUGUAAUUUAUUUAUUUGUGAUAACUGUAUAGGUGAUGAUUUUUUUAUUACUUGUUUGCUUUUAUUAUAUUCAGGCUACUAUGGUCAAGUAUUAACAGGGGUUUGGUUGAUUUGGCUGACAGGUGUGUUGUCGCUCUUUGCCACAGCUUCAAUUCCUUCGCCAGUUUGUAGAUCAGCAUUUUACGUUAUCAUGUUUCUGCUUUUUUAAAUAUGUUGACCGUCAUUAUGGGGUUUUAUCACACCUCUUUACAAACCAAACCACAUGACUGACUUAAAGCCGAGGAAAUAGGGAAACAUCUAACUUUACCAAACUGACUUAUAUGUUAUAGAACUACUCAGGUCAAAAGAGGGAAACUUUUUGACAAAUGAACUUUAACACACCGAGUAACCUUCAGACAGAGCCUUCUCAGCCUCUACCUAUUUCUCUGCAGGCUAACAUCACAACACUUCUGACAUUGUACAAAAGAUCUGUAUUUUAGCUCCGCAGGAGAGGAAGUUCCACUGUGAGUAAAGCAUAAAGAUUUAAUGAUUUCCUCAAAUUCUGGACGGAGAGAAAAAGAACAUUUUAAAAUAUCGAGGAAAAAUCCCAGCUCUUCUGGGCGUGGUGGUUGUGAUUGUGCUCAGAUAUUUCCUCUCUGUGUUUGAGCUCAUAUUCUCCACUCGGUCAUAUGAAGACCCCGAGGACGCUGCAAACAGAUGAGGUGCUGUAAUAGCAUAACUGAGAGAUCAACAAGAAUAUCUGCCUUUUACUCAGUGUGACUGCUGAAUGAAACUGUGUGACUUCAGUUGCAAAAUGUUGGCAAUGCUUCGCCCACAACAGCUGCAGCAGGAGAGGCCGACCACUAAAGCGUGUGUGUGUUUGUUUCUGGCUGUUUCCCCUCCAGUAGGGAGUUGUGGUUGGGCAGCAAUGUAUCAAAGUUAUUUUGAAAUUUGGCAAGUGAAGCAAGUCUUAAGGGGUGCAAGCUGAUAAAUAGUUUAUUAGGAAUUGUGGAAAAAAUGGAGAAACGCUUGUUUUCACGGCGCUUGAGCAUGCUGUUCCUCAUUCUGACGAUGACUAAUCAACCUUCUUGAGCUGAAUAUUUUCAUUUGAUUCUCAAGCUGUUUUUUUUUCUGCGCCUUCUGCUUUUUGGAGGUGAUCCCAGUCUAUCUCAAAUCGCUUCCCUGUCUUCUUCCUCCGAGUGUCUCUUAUCUCCGAACUGCUCUCUCUUUACUCCUUCGACGCCCUCUCCUUCUGUCCAAAUCUGGUUUGUCCUUCCAAGAAUGCCAAAGGACUUCUUUUUCUCCUUUCUCCCUCCGCCCUGUCCUGUAAAAGUCUAUCAACGGCUGAGGUCUUCAAGAAAAAAAGGCAGUUGUAUUCAAGCCUAGAUGGAGUAAAGGCUUUGAUUUCAUGGAUCAAUGCUUUGCAAUUGAUCAUCCUGUGUCUAUAUUGGGGAGACAGGCAGUAAGAUUAACUGUCUACUGUGAUGAGGGAAUACAAGAGAAAACAAGAUAUCAAAGGCUUUUUGAAGUCAAAGGGUGUCUGUGGAGAGAGGAUGGAAAAUCGUACCUGACACCACCGCAAACACACACUGUAUAUAUUUAGUCAGAGCGAGAGCCUAAAGAGGGAGCUCCGACUGCAUCGCCUUCCCCCCAGAGGGGUCUGUGAAGCUGGGAGGUGAGGUGUUUCCAUCUCUGACCCAUCUGGAAGUCUUCAGAGGACCCAGAAACACAAUGGAAGUCCCUGAAGUCUGCCAUGCAACGCAUAACCCGAACCUCCCGUCAUUAAUAUCAUUGCAGUAAAAAAAAAAAAAAAACGGGAGGAGGUUGAAAUUGUGUCCAUGUGCAUAGGAAGGAAAGGAAAAAGAAACAAGAGUGUCAGACUGAAUGAUGCAUUAGUACAUGUGUGUGAAACCACCACACCCUGCUUUAUGCCCCUUGACACCACUUUCCAUCGCAUGAUCAGCUUGUCUGCUGCAAUAUAGCUCGACGAUUUCAGAUGCUUUACCCCCCCCCCCCCCCCCUCCUUUCCUUCUCCAGCUGGAACUAAAGCACACCUCCCCCUGCAGAGUCUAACCAAUAACAUCUGUUUUUGGUGAUGCUCAUGGUUGCACCAGAACCCUUGUGCAUAUGUGUGUGUGUGUGUAUUUUUCUGUGUGUUUUACCAACUUUGCGGUUGCCCCCUUUGUGAGACACAGACUAAGAGCUCAUGGGAAAUAUGCACUCAGGCACCCGCUGUCCUGAAGGAGACACAGGGAGGAAAUGAAGGGGAGAUUUCUGAUUAUCUCAGUACAACAUGAUUGCUGGGUUUAAUUUGUUUUUAAUUAUACACGUGGUUUCUGAGUAGCUCGUGGUGGUAAGAGGGAGGAAUUUUGUUGUUGUUUGAUUUUUUGUUUUUGAUAAAAACUGAACGUUUGAUCACUGUUAAAAUCCAGAGCAACAAGUGGGCUCAAAUGAAAUACAACUGAUUUCAGGUACUUUUUGAUGCUUUCUUUGAGUAUACAGCCACAUUAACUGUUAGUGUAGAUUGACGACAUUGUUGAGUAUGAGUAGCAGAGUUUGAGACCAUUUAAUCUUAUUGUUUUAGACAUUUUAAAGUGGUUCAACCUGCAGAUUUCAAUUUAUAACAAUUUUCUUUUGUUUGGAAAAAGAAGUUUAAAAACAUAAAGAACCCACUUGUUCGAUAAAUUUUUAUUUUUUUAUAGGGAAAUAUGAAAUUUAGUUGAAAUUUUGGAAGUUUACCUACAGAAAAUGUUAAUUCCCAACAAACGCCCAAGAAAUUUGACAGCCUUCAAACUUUUUGAAUAUUGGUUUUUAAAUGUCUUUUGCUAUUUUAUAUGAUCAAAGGAGAUCAAUUUAAAUUUAUUAUUUAAAUAAAUAAAGUCAUAAUGUUUCAGAAUAAAGUCAUCAGAAAUUAAAGUCUUGAUUUUACGUUCAAAAAUUUUACAAAAAAUUUUCCUCAUUUUACAAAUAUUAAGUUAUUAUUAAAUGAUUAUAUAACAGGAAUAAAGUCAUAGUAGAGCCACAUUAUUACAAGAAUAAAAUCAUAUUAAAGUCACAAUAUUAGGAGAUAAUAUUAGAUAAGUCAUAAUGUUGUGAAAAUAAAAUUCCAUUAAAGUUUUAGUUUUCAAGGGAAUCAGAAGAGCAGCCAGCGGCCUGUACUGAAAUGAAAAUGAGAAGACACUCGGUAAACUUCAGGUGCACCACCAUCCUUGUUUUUCAGCCGGUGAAUGACGGCUAAUCCGGUAUCCCCCUUCACAACAUCAAUAACAUCUACACUAACAGUCAACUUAAAUAGUUUUUCUCUUGUGAUAUAAUAACUUUGAUGACUCUAUUCUUGUAACAUAUCAACUGUAUUCCUACAAUAACUGACACUGACAUUUCUAUCAAGAACUUGCAAUACUCUGCAGCAACAUUAACAUGCUAACAAACUGAACUAUCAUUAUGAACAUACAACAGAUGCUGCUCGGUAUUAGGAUGUUAGCGCAAUGUUAGUGCUUUAGCUAAAAGCAAUUCUGGGUCAGAGUACAACUUCCCAGAAUACAUCUUUCUUCUGCACAGCAUGUUUCCUCAACUUGAUAAUGAAAUAAAGCUUCUGGUAUUGUUUCUAUGAAGAUAGUCGAUCAUGUGUCCACGCUUCCUGCAGAUUAUCUGUUGUUUGUGUCCUAAGAGCUUCCUCAUAGAGCGCAGCCUUUUCCGCCAAAUCUAUGACCAUUUGGGAUAAGUGGUCAUUUCCUUUAUGUGAGAGUCACCGGCUGAACGACAUUACUGUAAUCCUGUUACUUUCCCUCCAUUUAAGCCAAACCUCUCCCACAAGGGUUUAGAAACACAAAACAUACAGAGACAUCUAUCAUGAUAAAUCUGUUUUCUAUGAAAAAGCGCAUCUCUCUCUGGAUGUGAAAUCUGCAGCGUGACUUCACUGGGCGAUACCUUGUUAUAAUGAAGGGGCUUAGACAAAGCAGGUACUGUAAUUACCUUUGUUUUGUCCUCAGGAUGCAUCCAUAUGCUCACCUCAGAGGCCCAGGUGAUGUCUGCCCCCUCAGGGGGUCUGGCAAGCUGCCAAAUGGUUUCCUUUCAGAUGGUUCUCGUUGCUUAAAAACUCACACUGUCCGUCUGUUUUAUUUUAUGACGGCUAAUAACGGUGCUGCUCUAAGGUGCUGUGAAAUACAGGUCUUAUUUGGCCUGUCAUCGGAAUAAAAAUCGUAAAACCAAGAUUUACUAGAGAGGGGAGGGGUGUGUUCAAAAUGUCAAGCAGGAAGUGGGAUUUAUGCACAAACAAGGAAAAGAAAGGUUGUUUUGCAGAGUUUUCCACAGCUGUCAUCUGGAUUAGAAGAAUCUCUCAGGCAAAAAGUUUUUACCUUAAAUGGUCGAGCGUAUCACAUAAUCAGAAAGUUAAACAACUUAUGCUUACAAUCUUGUCAAUGUCCGCUUUUUCCCUCCUUCUAAGGAAUGACCUUACGACCAGAGAGGCCUGCAUCUGUGCCAGAUCCAACUCAGACCAGACCUAGAAUCCCAGAACUCCACAUCCCUCUAAUCAUCGCUCAGCCGCCGCAAUCCAGACAGCCGUACAGACCAAACCAGAGAGGGCAGACCAACACACAUACGGUCAGGACCGGUCCGCCAAACCAGCCGUCCAGCCCCCAGCAGCCAGGCCACCACACCCUCCCCCUGGUUCCUGUCAGGCCAGUGGUGGAGACAGGCGAGGCCGGACCUCCAGGGUACAUGCGCAGGGUGACUGUGCGGAGAGGGUCUGAGGACUCGUCUAGCAUGCCAGUGAAAGGAUUCGCUGGAGCACCAGGUGAGAGAUGUUAUUGUUUAUACACAAAACUCUGCACUCAUGAAUAUAAUGAACAUGAACCUUAUAGGAGCUUUAAAUGACUUUUUUCACUGUGUUGUCACAAGAGUUUCCCUCAUUUGUAAUUCCAUGUUGUCCAAUAAUAAAACAAUGAUGCAUAGUUAUUAAUGACUUAAAAUGAUUUUAAAGCUCCUAUGAGGAGCUUUUCAUCUUUAUGAAAUAGACUAAAAUUCAUAUUGAUGUCUUCUUAUGAAAUCCUAAAGAAAACAAGAUCAUCAGUGUCAAGAAAAAUGAUUUCUAUUUUAUCAUUUUUAAUGUUUGAUUUUAAUGUUCAGCAUGGAGUCUACUGAAAGUUUUAAGAAAGAACUUAAAACCUAUCUUUAUAGACAGGCUUUUAACUGAUGUUGAUGUUGUGUACCUCUGUGAAGUACUUCUAUCUGUGCCAUUAUAUGUAUUGUGUUUCGCUGUACUCUAUUGCAUUUUAUCCUUAUUGAAAAGCACUGUGAUUUUAUCUAUGAAAAGUGCUAUAUAAAUAAAAUUUAAUUUUAGGUCUUUUGGUCACAUGACAUGGAAGCUAUUGAAGAAAAUGUCCAAAAUUUGCCUUUAAAUGUGACACAAAAAUUUUUAGAGGACAAAUUAGGGAAAUUAAAGGUGUGUCUUAUUGGUGAGCACUAUUAUUUGAAAUCAAUUUUAGGUCAUGGAAGCUAUUGAAGGAAAACAGCCUUUUUUAUGAACAUCAACCGGUAAUUUAUUGAUGGUCCCUUACUCAACACCCGACAGUUGACAGCGAGGAUGCCGAGUAAAUUUAACCGUGCUGCUGUUGCUAUUCCUGGUUAUGGAGAGUUAGAAGACACUGGUAGAUCCGCAGUGAAUGUCCGUCAGAUAUCCAACCUAAAACUAACUUCACUGCGGUAUUUACAAGAAAAAACAUUUGUUGCCUCAGCUGAUUUUUUUAAUGCCCAUAUGUGCCCCUAAAUACAUUUUAGAUUUUGCACAUGUCUAUUUUUAGUACAAAUGCGAGUGAAACGGUCACACUGUCAAGCCCUGUACUUUGUCCACAGGGGGCACCAAUUUUGACUCAAACAAAAAGUUCCUAACAGGACCUUAAAGUUCCCCUUUAACAACUUUAUAACCAUCUCAAACUAUCCCAAACCGCUUUAGCUCUUCGUUUAUCUUUGUAUCCAGAGUAUCUCAGUUGCUCCAUACCGAAUAGUUUGACUGUAACUUACAUCAGUAUCACAGGCUCUGAUGCACAGACUCUUCCUGUAAUAAUAAACCCUGGAACUACAGUCUGUCAUCAUCUGUCAUCACCGCCAUGACAAGGAGGAAAAUCUAACAGCAAUGUGUCAUAAAUCUGGCACCAUGUGCAGCUGGGUAGAGCCAGCAUUACCACAUGUGACAUAAUUCAUGUGUGUCAUCUUUUUCAACAGUGCUGUCAUUUUGUUACAGAGGUUGUUCUCAUGUAGGAUAAUCAGCUGUGACAAUACUUUGGAUUUAGUCUGGCUCUGUUUUGUUCUUCUCCUUCGUCGCACAUGGAAGCAAUAACGAGGGUUGGAAUUAGAAAUGUACUUUUGUUUUUAUGUCAUCCACACAAAGGAAUGCUAAACUUAAAACAGGUUGAAGCGUUGUACGUAAGAGAUAGUUUUCCAGUCAUGGAGUAAAUUAGAUGGACUGCAUGUAAUGUAACCAUGGGAGACAGCAAAACAAAGACUUUUUAAAGCUGAAUAUGAUUGGUUAAACUUAAAAAGGUACAUUUUCUUGCCUUGAGAAUAUAAAGUUAUAUUUAGAUAACACAAAUAACCCUUUGAUUUAGAGCUGGGUAUUCAGACUUGUAACCUCGGCGCCAUUAAAGGGUCAAUUUAAAUGUAAUUUUCCUCGCAAUAACUUUUCUUUGUACUAUUUCUGUUCACUAAUUGUUUGAUUUGGAGCUAAGACAACAGACGUAUCAGCAGGUUUUAAUUCAAUUCAAGCCUCUGGGGACACCCUAAACACCGGACCCUGCUUUCAUAUCCUGAAACAGCUAAAUCAUAAUCAAACUAACACAAAAAAUGCCACUUGUAAACACAAAAUUAUGCAACCUAGAUUCCAGCCUGUUUCUUUAAUUCAUAUUUCCUCUGGACACUCAUUCCAGGGUGCUUUGCCAUAAUAUUCAGCUGCGCAUUAAGAGCGUCUGUUAGGAGUGUUGACUAACUCUUGUCCUCGGCUAAUGAUAAAAAAACCAUGAUGGGUUCGACAUGUGUCUUUUGCAGGCUACCCUCCCCUCCAGCCUGCAUCUUUCAAGCCUCUAUCAACCAGCCGCCAAGGUACUGAAGCAGUUCAUCAUCCACUUACACCGCAUGUGUCUGCAGGCUCUGCCAUCCUACUACAUUGGUGUAAAAAAAAAAAAAAAAAUUGGAAAAGCUGUGAAUAAUUUGUAGCCUGGGAGUGUGUGGGAGUGGGAACUGGAUGUGUUUAGUUUAAGAAGGUGUGGGCGGAUUAUGGAAGGAUUUAAACUCAUCUGCAGGCACUUAGAAAGUUUUACUCCUCUACAUUUAAUAAUUGUUAAGAAAAUUGCAUCACUGUGCGAGAUAGUUCGCUAAAUUCCCUUAAGUGUAGCUCCACUUUUUCUUUAAAGCUAUUUAAAGAAUUCCACUAACACCUACUUUUAAUUUAUUCUGUGAAUGGAUCGGAAAUAAAACUGACAGCUGGGAUUGGUGAAACAUCGUUAAAAAUAAAGGUGUCAGCUCUUCCGCCGACAGCUGUGAUUACAAUCAACACUCUCUAUAUUUGUAACUUGUAGUUCCAGUUGCAGCAAAGGUGCCAUGGAACCUGCUAGGUCAAGCUCCAGUCGAACCGCCAGGUAAACUACAGUUUUGAAGUGAAGACGUGACCGUGAUUUGUCUUUAAAUUAACACAACUUUUAACUCACGUGUGUUUUUUCUGUUCCAGUUUCAGUCGAUAACAGCGCCUUUGCAGAUCCCUUCUCCUUCUCUGCCGGCCUCACACAGCUGUCCAUGUAUGGAGACUUUGGCAUAAUCCGCUUCAACAAAGUUCUAGUCAAUGAUGGGGGACACUACAAUCAACACACAGGUACACAAAAACAACAACAACAACAACAACGAGAGACCUAACACCAGUGUCAACAUAGUAGAGUGGUUAUACAGACAGGCCCAAAAGUCAUACUGUUCAGCCAACCUUCAUAGAUGUACUCAUUCAUAAAACUAUCAACAAAUGAUCUUGAAACACUUUUGUUUACUUAGCCGGUCAAUGACAGACUUACACAAUAACUGCAGAGUCCUUCAACCUUUUAGCUGAAGUGACAACGACUUGUUUGAGACACAAAGGUGUUAAAGUCAGUAUGUCUCAACUGUCUCCUUCCAAAUCUUAUAUGAACUGACUCAAAUCGAUCAACAAGCUCCAGUCCACAAUAUUCUCUUCAGUGAUUAGCAGAUUUGAAAACUGAUAAGCCCUUCAGAUCCAAUGAGGCGAUUUUUUUCAUCUUAUGCAAACAGGAUAGGUAUCUGUCGCACGCAAGAUGAUCAUUUUGUGCUAUCUAGCUAAGCCAUAGACAUAGUUAAUUUUUGCAUUAUUAACCCUUUAUUACAUUAAUUGUUAUCUUGUGCAGAUCAUAACCUAUCUUGUUCUAUCAAGCUGAUAAUUUGUGCACAACAUUUUUUUUCUCAUCCACAAGAUAGCUUUUUUGUGCAUGCAAGAUAAUGAUCAUGUUGCCAUGAUAUCUUGCUCAAUUAAGAUAAUCAUCAUACACCUACUGUAGGGUCAAAUAUAAAUCAUGCUUCAACAUAACAAUAGCAAAUUCCUGCAAGAUAACUAGUGCACACAAGAUUAUUCAUGGUCCCACAAGAUGAUUAUCAUGUCCCUAAAGUUCCUACAAGAUAACAGUGUGCUUUAAAAGAUUAUUGUCUUGCUCUCUCAAGAAAAAACUUGUGUGCUCAAGAUAAUGACCAUGAUUUCAUGAUAUCUUGCUCAAUGAAGAUAAUCAUCAUACACCUAUUGUAGAAUCAAAUAUAAAUCAUGCUUCAACAUAACAACAAGAUAAUACAACAAGAUAACUUGCAAGAUAACUUGGGCUCACGAGAUUAUUCAUGGCCCCACAAGAUGAUUAUCAUGUCCCUAAAGUUCCUACAAGAUAAUCAGUGUGCUUUACAAGAUUAUUAUCUUGCUAUCACAAGAAAAUAACUUGUGUGCGCAAGAUAAUUGUCAUGUUUCCACAACACCGAAACUUGUUCCUACAUGAUAAUUAACAUGUUCCAAAAGGUAACAGCUUGUGCAAAAAAGAUAAAUAUCCUCCUUGAUAAAUAAAUAUCAAAAAUAAUGAUAAAUGUGAACCUGAAGUGGACUUCAUGGUCUCGGUACAAAACAGAGAAAUAAAUGAUAAUUGAUAAUGUAAUUUACCAAGGAAACCAAGAAAGAAACUGUUCGCAGUUUGUAUCAAACAGUCAAAUAAUGGUGGAUUAACUUUGAGCCGGCAUUAAAAAUAUUAAAGAAGCUGGUUUACAUCAGAAAAGAUGUUACUUUGGAAAAUAUCCACUGUAUUUAUUUGAAAGUCUGAGCCUCAACUGCUUCUGAAUGAGUACUUUCAUGAACCGAGGAUUUUGAUGCACAUCCUUCAAGCACACACUGGGUGGUUAUUUAAUUGCUAAUAUGGAGAGAGUGAAUGGUUACACAGUACAAACCUGUUUUUAAUUUACAUUUGAGCACAUGUACUGAUUACUCACUGUUUCCCUCUUUCCUCUUGUCAGGGAUCUUCACUGUACCUCUGGACGGUCGAUACCUGAUUUCAGGUCUGCUGACAGCCAAGCAAGGCAACCAAGUCCAAGCUGUCCUGUCUGUCUCUAACCGCAGCAUCCAGAGGCUGCAGACCGCAGCAGGACCUCUGACCGGUCACCACGGAGGCUCAGCUGCUGGUAACUGUGGCUGCGGGGGCUCGGUGUCCUUCAGCUUGAUCCUGCCCCUGAAGAAAGGAGACCGCGUGGGCCUGGUGAGGACCGGAGGCCAGCUGGCCACUACCGAGGCCAGGGAGAUCCUCUCCACCUUCAGCACCAUCUUCCUGUACUCACCACAGGCUAAAAGAUAGCUGGAGACUCGGCCGCGCUGAAAGAAAAGACUGGUUUGAUCCCCCUGGACUGGAGGAAACGUGGACUUUAGUUUUCACUGAUUUGCUCUGUUGCAGCUUUGUCACAGGGCCACUGUAAAACAAUCCUGAGUUAUGAAUUCAACAAAGAAAUCAUCACAUUGCAAACUUGUUGAGCCAUGUGCUAAAUAUAACUCAAUACAAGGAGCUAAAUUUGUUUCUAAUAUAUUUGAUUUCAAGUUGCCUUUUGUACCUAUUGUGAAUGUCUUGUAUAUAUAAGUGUUUAUAAAUUAACAUUAAAAUACUAAAUUGUGGUUAUUACUUUAACAAGACCUUCUCAGAUUCGGUUUAGGGUUUGAAGAAGUGAACAGCAGAAUUCGAAAUUGUUGUUUAGGCUCUGAACCGUAAUCACCUGUUGGAGUAUGAGCUCACUGCGUCUUCUUGUGUAAUCGACACUGUAGAAAGAGAAGAUGAUUAAUAAUAAACUUAUGUGGAAAAACAUGAUGUGUAGCAACACAACAAGUCUUUAAACAUGUUACAAACUUGGCCGGCUGUCGAAAAGUGGUCAUAGAAAAGGCAAGGUUGGAAGGCAAAAUCCCACUUGGGUCAUUACGUAAAGUGGGUGUGGAUGAAAAAUAAAUUUCCCCUCUGCUCGCUCCUGACAGAGAGAGCGAGAAAAUAUUCCAGCAGCACUAUGUAAGAAGCAGCAGGAGGGUAUUUAGCCUUGGGUCCUGCCAUGAAAAGAAGAGAGAAAUACUGAUUUCUAUUCAGCCAUGGAGUGAUUUACAGCUUUUAUAAAUAUUUAAUGUUUGUGUGAUUCAAUAAAACAAACAGGAUUUUGGAUUUAAACUGUAA